UUAUUUGUACUGAUUUUUUUUUUAAAUAUUUAAAUAAAGGUCCAUUUUAACCAAAUUCAUCAAAAGAAUUGAUUUUUCUGAAGCGACAAAACUCUGACGAUCUUUUAAAGAUAGGCCCGUUUUAGGCUGCGUCAUACUGGUCUCCCCCCUUAAUGCGCAAAUGACUUUUUUUAUCGUCCUUGCUUCUUUACGGCCAUAAACAAGUAUUCGUUCCAGUUUAUAAAUCUUUUUAUUGUUCAGCAGUGUAUUCAGCACUAUUACAUUUAUGAGAAGAACCAAACUGUAACCAAAUUAUAUCAUAAACAUUAUCGUAAAUCGCCGAAGGUGAAACAGAACGAUCUCAUCUAAAGAACAAUAAGUCAUUAAUGCCAGGAAGGAAAUGUAUAUCGAAGAUAACGAAAAUUGAACGGUGAUAUAUAUAAGAGUUAGAACUGUGUACGAAUCAAAUCCUGCCGUGCACUCGUUCUGUGUUUCAUCAUUUUUUCCAAUUACCUUCGAUAAAACCAUGAAAAUCGUUGCUGUUCUUCUUGCCCUUUACGUCGCCAAUAGUUUGGCUUGGUUGACCAGUGACCAACAGGCAGAAUUGAAACAGUUCAGCGAAGAAUGCUCCGAAGAAAUUGACAUUACUAUAGAGAUGGUACAGAAAAUAUUAAUGGGAGAGACAGAGGAAGAUGAGGAUAAACUUGAAUGCUACACCGAAUGUUUACUGAAUAAAGGAGGGAUUAUGGACACAGAUGGUAACAUAGAUGAAGAGGUUCUGAGAGAAAAAAUACUGAAGGAUAUCCCGGAAACAGAAGUUGAUGGUAUUGUCGAGGACUGUGUUAAUAUUGAUGAGGAAAACGGGUGCAAGAAGGCAGCGGAGUUUGUGAAGUGUGUCAUAAGGAGCAUCGCCAUUCAAGAGCUCACUCCUUAGAUCUCGACGUUGAAAUUCAUAUAUUCGUAUAAUCUUUUAAACGUAUUAAUCACUCUCUAUGAGUAGUUUGUAGACAAGGUUCAAUAAGCUACUAGUUAUGUAAAUAUUCGUUUAUGUUCAAAAGUGAAUUAUCAAGAAUGAUGAAAUGAUUUAUUUUGGUAAAAAUAAAAAAGAAUUGUUCAUGCUACUUCGUA